UCAGGCCUUGCGAUGGGUAUUGACAUCAACCACAAGUGGGACCGAAAGGUCGUCAGGACAGAGCCGAGGUCGCAAGACGUGUACUUGCGGCUUCUUGUCAAGCUCUACAGGUUCUUGGCCCGUAGGACUGGCUCCAAGUUCGACAAAGUCGUGCUGAAGCGUUUGUUUAUGUCCAAGAUCAACAGACCACCAAUGUCGGUGGCCAGGAUUGUGCGGUACAUGAAGAAGCCCGGCCGCGAGGGCAGGAUUGCCGUCAUUGUCGGCACCGUCACCGACGACCAGAGGAUCUUCGACAUCCCCAAGCUCACAAUCUGCGCCCUGCGCGUCACCGACAGAGCUCGUGCCCGCAUUUUGAAAGCUGGAGGCGAAAUUCUGACCUUUGACCAGCUGGCCCUUCGUGCCCCCACUGGAAACAACACAGUACUUUUGCAAGGACGUCGUAAUGCACGUGAGGCUGUCAAGCACUUUGGACCUGCUCCUGGUGUGCCACACAGCCACACUAAGCCCUAUGUGCGCUCCAAGGGUAGGAAAUUCGAGCGUGCCCGUGGUCGCAGACGCAGCUGUGGCUACAAGAAGUAAACAUUUGUACGCGAUGUGGAAUUUAUCAAUAAAAAUUCAGGUGUUAAGUGCAACGCCUUUGUUUCGGCCACGGUGAAAA